UGCUACUGCCGUCCGCGCUAUUUUCCUCUAUUGUGUGUGGGGCGUGCUCUCCGCGGCGGUCCAUCUAAGGAGCAUAUUCCGAAGAAGCGAUGCUUUCCGCGACUCGGCUUUCCCGCAACUAGUUGCGUUUUGGAUGUCAACACGAUGUACACGCGCACAGCGGCAAAUCUGGUCAACUGUGGCCUGCCGUCGGCAGCGUGAACUGAUCUGUGGACUGUCUACUGUGGUCUGUGACGAUCUGCAGCAGGUGAUUCACCCGGGGAUUAACCGGACAUCUUUGAGCCAAGACUGAAUUGAAGACAAGCCCGCCAAACGAUCCACAGAAUUUUCCGGGGCACCUUAGCCGUACAAACCUUAACCGUAGGAAACCAAGCCAGGAUCACCAUGCAGGAACUGACGAGAGUCUGCGACCUGAACGGCAAUGCUGGCAAGGCGGAGUUAAUGCCAGUUGCUCCAGCCACCAACAAUCUGGACCAGCUGCUGCCCAACAUUAAGCUGGAGCAUGAUCCCGACCUCGAGUGCUGGCUGCCCACGCCGGAGCAUCCGCAACUCCGACUGGACCUGAACAGCACUCGUCUGCUGUUGCAGGGCUCGGACGAUCCGCUGAUCUCGCAUGGCUCCACCAACGACGGCCACGACGAGGACCAUCCCUUCAAGACGCUGCUGGCGCGCAAAAGUGCCGGCCACGAGACACCACACAACGGCACCUGCAGUCCGCUGACCAAGCAGCAACUGAAGGCCAAUCUGCUGAUGGGCAGCCGAAAGGGCAACAAGCAAGCGCAGGUGGAACCCCCAGCACCGAUCCCCCAAAAGACAGUGAAACCAGUUCAAGGCCAAGGACAAAAUCGAUCCCGAAAGCGAGGCACCGAGGCGGGCGCCAUGAAGUUGCGAUACCACCAUCAGGCCUUGCCUGCGGAAUAUGCCGCCCACUACGAGGCUACCCAAGGUCGUCAGCCCGCAAGGCCGGUGCUGCCGCCACCACCUACUCCAUCUCUUCCUCCGCCGCCGGCGCCGAGUCAGGCGCACGAGAACGUGCGCAGCUGGCUGCGGAAGAUUGCCGAGAUCCAGCGCAGUGCCGAGCGCCAGCAGCAGAAGCAGUCCAGCACUCCCAGGAGCAAUCCUCCAGCCUCGCGAUCUUCACCCAUUGCAGCCACGUCGGUGGUGCCGGCCAAAGGUGCGGAGGUAUCAACCACCGCCACCUCGAAGAGAAGCUCCCUGAAGUAUGCCGACCUGCCCUACAUGGGCGAGAUCACGCUGGACAACUACAAGCCACGACGCGGACGGAAGCCCAAGAAGGCGGACAUCUGCCACCUCAUCUACAAGAACUAUGGCACCAUUGUGCCCGCCUCGGUGGCCGAGAUGCCGGUCAGUGCUGCUCCGCCGGCCUCAACGGCCACGAUUGCGGUGACGCCCGAGGAGCCACUGAAUCUCUGCCUGCGCGAUCAGAGCGGCGAUCGCUUCUCCAUCUCCAGCGGCGACAGUGAGAAGCCCACAACGACAACGGCCACGACGGAUUGCGGCAGCUCGUCGCACCGGACCACGCCACUUGGUUUGGGAAAACCCCUUACCUUGGAGCUGGCCGGGAGCGAGGAUCAGCCGAUGUCCGCGGCCAAGUUGCUGCUGCAACCAGUGGGCCUGUACUACCAGCAACUGGUGGAGUCCUGCCACCUGGGCGGGAUGCCCGUACCCCUGGAGACCAUCGAGAAGGACAACCAGCUGUCCCUCAAGAUACCCAUACCGAGUGGGUUCUUUGCCAACGAGACUGCUCCGCUGGCCAUGCGCAAGCGGAAGCGGUCGGCCAUCUUCAUCCCGCCCAUGCCCGCCGAGCACUCGUCCAGUCCCUCCAACGAGGUGAGCAUCUGCAAGUUCAAGUUCACCGGCGGGGCCAAGCCCACGCUGCAGGAGAAGAAGAUGCUCUCGGUGGAUGCGGAAGGUAACUACCGGUACUACAAUGGCACCGGCGACAAGACGAUGCGCGGCUACGAGUUCAUCUCCCGGGAUCAGCAGCAACAACUCCAGCAGACUCAGCAGAACCAGCAGAAUCAGCCCAAUCAGCAGGGUCAAAGUCAGGAGAAGCUCUACGUGGAUAUACCACCGCCAUCGACGGACCUCAGUCCGGAGCUGCUGCAAAUAUCGCCGGAGUCGCCGACUUCGACGCUGCUCCUGCCCAGCAGCAACCACGUGGCACCACACAGUCCGGUCUCCCAGUGCUCCAGCUCGCAGAGUCCCAUGCCCAAAUCUACGGCGGAUAGCGAGCGCAAGCGGCGAUCCUCGAGGCGGUCGAAGCAGCGCGAGAAGCUGGAGAAGACCUUCAAGGAGAAGGGCUUCCUCAUCCAGACCCAGCAGCUUCAGUCCGCCGAGGGUGCCACCUACUGCAAGUUCCGCCAGCUGAAGAAGUUCACGCGCUACCUAUUUCGCAACUGGAAGGAUCACAUACCGGAGAGCGAUCUGGCCAAGCACCAGAGCGCUGGACGGGAGGAUACUCUGCAAAAUCAGGACCGGGCCACAUAGGUCCUCUCUCGAGGAGAGCCCGAUCCCCCAGCCAGUCAACCACAAAGCACUGCCAAAGAUUUAGUUUAAGACGAGAUGAGAUUGGCGUUGCCAAUGGAGGAGGGUGGAGCACAAGCUCAAGCUCAAGCGUAAGCACAAGCACACCAUCCCAUGCCGAUUCCGUCCAUGCGGGCUGCCCCAGAACGCGAUCAAUGAUCCUCAGCCACGCUUCCUAGUCGUUCAUCAGUUUUUCUAGUGCCUAAUGAAAUGUUAUUGUUAACAAAUAAACUCAAUGUUUAACCAUAAAAGUGUGUCGGAUCAUAAGUUGACUCGUCAAUUACAGAACAAUUUUA